AUGACCAGGAUUGAAGACUUUUUGGGAGCUCCAAGGGCUCAAGUGCGUCAUAACCCCACGCCUCCUCCUCGACCAGAGACUCCUGUUCGACAAGAGGAGAUGACAGAGGAUACGGUCAAACAAGAAUACCAGGAGUUUGAACAUAUCCCAAGGGUGGAACGAAGGCCUUCCGUGGUACUGGUUAACCGUAACCAGGAUCCCGACCAGGUGGUUCGACAAGUUCGACACGACACAGCCGUAGGGGAACAAAACCUAGAGGCUAUCAUCAAACGGAUCAUAGUGCGAAAUGGACUAAGUCCGUGCCUCCAACGACAGACAUACUCCUCGCCUCUACCAGAUUUUGUCUUACAGACAGAAUUGCCAAGGGGAUGGAAAGUCCCUAAAUUUACUAAGUUCACGGGGGAUACUGAAGAAUCCAUCGUCGAACAUGUAGCGAGGUACCAGACCGAGGCUGGUGACAUAGAAAACAAAGAGGACUUGAAGUUGAAAUACUUCCCAAGUUCUCUCACGAAAAAUGCGUUUACCUGGUUCACGAUGAUACCUCCUCAGUCGAUCCAAACAUGGAUACAGUUGGAAAGGUUGUUCCAUGAACAAUUUUACAUGGGACAAUCAAAGAUUAGUCUUAAAGAACUAGCAAGCGUUAAGAGAAAGGUCAUUGAGUCAAUUGAUCAGUACCUAAACAGGUUUAGACUAUUGAAGGAGCGAUGCUUUACUCAAGUCCCUGAACACGAACUAGUCGAAAUGGCGGCUAGGGGUCUAGAUUAUUCUAUAGGAAGAAGCUGGACACCCAGUACCUUAGGGAUAUGGCCUAAUUGUCCGAUAGGGUUCGAUGUAUCGAACAUUUGA